AUGUCUUACAACUCAUUCUCUUUGAAGCAUAUAUUGCUGGGCGCGACUCUCCUCCAUGGACUUACUCUCGCCUCUCCCAUCGGCGAUCUCGCUCCCCGAGCCGUCAAAGUUGUCGACGCGCCCGUUGCCGAAAUCACGCCCAAUGUCAUCCACCACGGCCCUCUCGAUGACGAGGGUCUACGGCGCCUGAAGGACUCUUUGAUCAGUCCAGCACGCCGGAGGUCAAUGCCCGAACCUCACAGAGUGAAGCGCCAGCUCACUCCCACAAGCACAAUCCAAGGCAGUCUUACGGUUACUACCAAGGAUGCUUUCGUGUCUAUUGAUGUUGGCGAACUCGACCUUAUAGACAGCGACUCGGCCAACUGCCACUCCCAAGUGAUCAACGGACCCGUCAAUGGCAUCCAGAUGUUCAUGGGAGCGGCCAACAUUCGUGCCAUGAAUGUCACCAGUGCCACCGGGAACACGACCCAGAUCCUCUCCAACCUCACAGACACCAGCAAAGAUGCCGGUGUUUUCGUUUUCGACGCCAACGACAAAAUCAAGGAGUUCAGCGUCCGGGAGAGUAGGGGAACCCUUCACGGCUUCAGCUUCACAACGGAGAGCGGAAAGUCAUACACGGCAGACGCGACGGCGUUGAAGGACCCGCCCCCCAUGGUCAAGGUCCCAAUCGGUUCCGGAAUCCUGGCCCGCAUCCGCGUGGAGUACUGUGAUGUCGGUCUCUUUGGCCACAUUGGCUUCGACUUCCUCGACGAACUCCAGUCCAUAUCCAUCAGCAACAUCGCCUACUCCGGCUUCACCAACGACUUCAUGCCCGCCGGCCCCGGUCAGACCAUGACGGUUGGCUCCCAGAUCGUCGACAACCGCAACUCCUCCGCCGAGCAGACCAUCACCCUCUGGACGACCGACACUGUGACCAAGUCGCGGACCGUCAGCGUGUCGAACAUGUGGAAUAUUGGGACCACUCACACAAUAGAGGCCGAGGUCAGCGUUCCAUUCAUCGGCAAGUCCAAGACGUCGCACGCCUUUACCUGGGGAUUCACGAGGACCACUGGCACGGAAGAAACCGAAUCCGAGACCUUGACCAAGACUGCCACCAUCAACCUCAAGUGCCCCCCCUUCAAGUACUGUGUCGGCAGCUCUUUCUUCACCAUCUUCAAGCUCGAUGUCGAUAUCGAGGCGACUUUCCGCGCAAAGACCAAAACUGGCCACGAUUUCUCAUGGAUGCAGAAGGGCAAGUACAAGGGCGCCGACUCCCUUGCGUUGCAACUGCAGGUCGACGAGGCGGACAACGUCAUUGCAAAACGCGCUACCAAGAUUAAGCAAAGUUGA